AUGACUGGCCUCAUAUAUGACCCCGAAUACUUCAAGGCGAUUGGAUCGCCCCCCAAAGGACCACGGGCUGACCCUCCAAAGACAGCCCACGAGCUAAGAUCUAACAUUGAAAAUACCAUUCGCUAUGUCGUUACCAACUCGCCAUAUCCUUCUGGAGUCAAGGAAACCGUAUACAAAGUCAAGAGUUUCGACGGAACCGAGAUUGAAGUCACCCGUUUCGCAUGCGAAGAAACUCUGGCCUCGGAGAAACCUACGCCUGCAGUCGUCUAUUUCCAUGGAGGUGGCUUUGUAGCGUGUACUGUACCACCCUUUGCGCCGCAAAUCGCGCGUUUCGCGAACGACUCCAAGUUGCCGUACUUCGCUGUUGAUUACAGGCUGGCCCCAGAGCAUCCUGCUCCAGCAGCACUUGAAGAUGCUUGGGCGGCCAUGGAAUUCGUAUCGAAGUCUGCUGCAGAACUCAAUGUCGACCCUACCAGAAUCGCAUUGUAUGGCGACAGCGCUGGUGGUGGCCUUGCUGCAGGCGCUGCUUUGAUGGCCAGAGAUCGUCGUCUUAAUCCUCCGAUAGCGAAACAACUGUUGAUUUACCCGAUGCUGGACGACCGAUAUAAUCUCAAAGACGAUGACCCAUAUCUUGAAGUCUUGGCAAUGAGACCAGCAGGAGCAAAAGUCGCAUGGGACGCCUACCUCUCUAAACUGCGGGAAGGUGAUGAUGCGCAGACUUUAUCUUAUGCUAUUCCUGCCAGAGCUGCUACCUUACAGGGUCUUCCAUCUACAUAUAUCGAUAUCGGAUCUCUGGACCUCUUUCGAGAUGAGAGCAUGAAGUACGCCAAUAGAUUGGCCAAUGAGCACGUUGAAGUUGAGUUUCAUCUUUGGCCAGGACUACCACAUGGAUUCGAUGGUAUGCGAGAGCUUAGCUGGUUUACCAGAGCUACGGAAAGUCGUGUUAGUGCUUUGAAGAGAAUGUGA